CCAAAAAAAAAAGAAAGUAAAAACGGUAAUCUGGAUAUUGAUUUUGUAUACAGGUAGAAUAGUCCUGGAAGAACUAAUACAGCAGCUUAUAGGCAGCUAUAAUGGCCAAUGUCCCACCUUUCCAACCACCAACUUUUCAACAGCCACCUUAUUCUCAAGGGAUGCAUGAUUAUGGAUAUCAUAGUGCCAGUGAAGCUCCAGCAAGACCCCCUGAGAAAGAAGUAGCUACACUUUUGAUUCGUCGCCUUCCCGAAGCUAUUCCUCAUGAUACCCUCUCGCGACUCUUUUCCCAUUAUGGCGCUUCUUUUGUUCGUCCAUGCACCACUGGAAGGAUGAGGAACUGUGCAUUUGUUGAUUUUAAUAAUGAAAGCUUAGCAAUUCAAGCACAGCGCCAAUUAAAUGGGUUAAGGUUUCUUGGGAAAGUUCUGUCUGUUGAGAGAGCUAGUACACAACCACAUGAUACCAAAUCUCAGCAAAAUAAACCCACAUCUAGGAGCGUUGCCAUGUCAUCUAAGGAUGAUUCUAGUCUAGCCAAAGAUUUAAAGCGGGAUCCCUUGCCUGCACUUGAACCUAUUGCUGAAAAACUCGGAGUGGAUUACCCAUUCCCUCCUAACCUUGAAUAUGCGUAUCCCCCGCCCGACGGAAAUAUUCUUACCAACAUUCUAAAUGCUCUUAUUGCCGUUCCUCGCUUCUAUACACAGGUGUUGCACUUGAUGAACAAGUUGAAUAUCCCAGCUCCAUUUCGUGCUGCAUUGCCAACUCCACCUCUUCCUCCUUCAGCACCUGCACCACAUCCACCGCCACCUCCUCCUGUAGAUACCAAUUCUAGUUUAGUAAAUCUCUCAAGCGGGGAAUCAGAGUUGGAGUCUUCAGAUGAGGAAGAUGUUGGAGCUCGGGGAACAACUGGACCUCGGCGCAAGCGUAUUAAGAGAGAAGCUAUCGUGGGUCCUGCUGUCAACAAGGAUAUAGCUCAUGAGGCCGUUGGAUUGAAACCGGCCACCUUAGUUCCUAAGGAGAUCCCUAUGAUAAAAAAGAAGAACCCUGUACUGCAGAUUAAAAUUGCUCCUAAACAGACUCAAACCAGUGAACAAGUAGAUAACAACGUAGUGGAAGAAAUAGAAGAGGUGGAGAAUAAUAGCUUAAAUACCAAACCAUUUGCUACAGUUGAAGAACUGGAGCAUGGAAAAUUACCUCCAGAAGAAAUUUUAUCUCUGCCAAUGUUUAAGAAUUAUAAAGCCGGAAAUCCUGCUCCUGUGUUGUACAUUAAAAACUUGGCGAAAGAUGUGGUUACUGAUGACUUCUACUUUGUGUUUGGUACAUUCUUUGGAAAUAUUGAAACUGCUAAAGAAAGUCUUUCUGUGAAGUUGAUGCAGGAGGGAAGGAUGAGGGGUCAAGCGUUUGUAACGUUCCCAACGAUUGACAUUGCUCAUCGUGCUCUGAAUCUGGUAAAUGGAUUUGUAUUUAAAGGGAAGCCCAUGAUCAUCCAGUUUGGCCGAAAUACCUCUGCUGGCAAAACUACCGAAAAAUAAUUGCGUCUCUGAUAACUCGAAAGAUAUCGUAUAUCAUGCAUUGGCUUACCCAUCAAAACAGGUAUGGUACGAAAUGUGGGUGGCAAAAGCUUGUGGCGUCUCCUUUUUUUUGUGUUGGUACGAAUUUUAUCCAAAUCAUAAUAAUAAUAUCCAUUUAUUUAUCCAAACAGGGGUAACGUUGUGAAUUUACAUUGUUGAACUUCUUAGCAUUUGUAGAACCACGUGGGUGAUACAGGAGACCGUCGCGUGCCUCUACGCCUACCAUACAGGAUCUUAAGUAUUGUGGUCUUUGAAUUUCAUAUCCAUAUAUACAUAUUGGGCCCCUCAUUCAUCAUGGGCUUCUCGUUUUGUAAUAAUAUUAAUGGGUAAUGAUCAAUCUUUCUAAUUGUUUAGCCUAAAAA